CUUGCCCCGCCUUGAAUGGCUUCAACUUCUUGAUCCUCAAUCAUUGAGAGCUCUUCUCAAAAAUCACAUGUUUAAUCGAUUCAUCGAACCGCCAUCAACAGCUACAGCUCUCACCAGACACAUAGUGUGCCAGAGACACCAUGGCACCCGACCCUCUUGGCCCCCCGGCCGUACUAGAGGCCAUGGCAAACGCCCUGCCGACCCAUGAGAAAGACGACACGACGUCCGACAUGAGCAGCUCCCUCGACUGCGUUGCUCUUUUCGUUCAUGCUUGCAUGAUCAAUCUCGGCUUCAGACUGCUCGGCUUCAACGAGGAUAAGAAAAUUGAGGCAGAAUGUGCCCGCAUCGCGCCCCGUUUGCCACCUCAAUGGAACAGGUCUAUAGGCUCGCACAGCUUCAUCUACGCCCACAACCAGUCCUCGAUGCAAUUCGUAAUACACAUUGACCGUAUGGGCGCCAAGACCGAAGUGCGCGGUCUGGCCAGGGGUGAUGAGCGCAUCGCCCGCUUCGACAUCACCACCCGCGACUACAUCUCCUCCUCCUCCCUGCCCCUGCGCAUUAGUCUGAACCAAGUGGGCGUCGAGGACAGGAGCGACCUACCCCAAAAAUUCAAGACCCUGUUCAUCUCGGAGGAGCGCAUCAAGGACCUCUCCACCCUCUUAAAGAUUUCCGUCAUUCAACGCCUCCUGCCCUCUCUGCAAAAAGAAGGGUACACGGAAUCCCCGUCAACCUCCACCCCGCAUCGUCGCACCCCACCACCCCAACACAACGAACCCCCGCCUACCGGAAUCCCGGCCCACCUCCCCCCACCGGCGGCUCCCCGGCCUUACCCGGCUCCGGACCCGCUCGCCGCACCCCCGCGCCAUCCAAUCCCCGCUGCGGACUUUACACCGCCGGAUUUUGAAGAUGAAUAUGAAGUUAAUCGUCCACCGCGCGGUCCUAUCCCCGUUCCCGGUGGACUCGGCGGCUUCGGCGGCCUAGGACGAGACGACCUCUACCCGGCGGGCUUAGGUCCACACGAUCCCAUCCGGGGUUCAUUUACCGGCGGUGCUGGCGCCGGCGGGAUUGGGCCGGGCGGACUACGUCGGCCUGGUGAUGGUGAACCAGGAGGUUUAGGAAAUGGUGGAGGAGGGAUGCAUCCCACGUUUGACGACCCUCUGUUUCGGGGGCCGAGGCCCGGAGGAGACGGAGAUGAGACGUUUGGUGGGCAGGUGCCGCCUGGGGCGAGGUGGGAUCCGCUUGGGCCUGGGGGCCAGCCAAGGUUUGGCGGCGGCCGCGGGAGGGAAGGGGGAGGGUUUGGUGGGUUUGGUGGGUUUGGCGGAGGGGAUAUCAUCUAGUUUGUUGGCGCAUUUGGGCAUGUGGCGGCCGGAUGAGAGGCAGGAACAAGCAGGAUGUGGCGGAUGAUUAGUGGGAUGCUGCAUUUGAUGCGUUGACGGGUAUGGGAAGAUUAAGGAAGGACAAGCACAGAUUGUGGGCUGAUGAUGAGGAUGGGGAUGCUUUGCCGUCCGACUGUAAAAAUAACUGUUUCCUCAUGAUAACGAAAAAAUGACAAUAUGGAAGGCGAGUUACGUCGAG